CAAGCACUCAAGUCUGUUCAUGGCUUCUCUCCACACUUCUCAUGUCACCCACCCAGCAUCGUGAUGACCACUUGCUCUACCUUCUUUGCCUUGGGCAUGAUGCCUCUGCUUUUGUACGUCUACUCCAGAGGAAUCUAUGAGGGAGACUUAAAGGACAAAAUACCCUAUAAGGGCAUCAUGAUAUCACUAGCCAUGGUUCUCAUUCCUUGCACCAUUGGGAUCAUCCUCAAAACCAAACGACCACAGUAUGUACCCUAUAUCAUGAAGGGAGGGAUGAUUAUCACUUUCAUAUUCUGUGUGGCCAUUACAGCCCUCUCUGUCAUCAACGUGGGCAAUAGCAUCCUGUUUGCCAUGACACCACCUUUGCUGACUACCUCCUCCCUGAUGCCUUUCAUUGGCUUCCUGAUGGGCUAUCUUCUCUCUGCUCUCUUCUGCGUUGAUGAACGGGGCAGACGCACCAUCAGCAUGGAGACAGGAUUCCAAAACAUCCAGCUCUGUUCUACCAUCCUUAAUGUGACUUUUCCCCCUGAAGUCAUCGGUCCACUUUUCUUCUUUCCUCUCCUCUAUAUGAUUUUCCAACUUGCUGAAGCAUUUCUCAUCAUUGUUAUCUUUCGGUGCUAUGAGAAAGUCAAAGCUCCCGAAGGUGAGUACUACCAACCCCUUUCAAAUUCUGCUUCCAUAUUAGACCUGAGCUUACCAACAAGGCAGUUUGUAGCAAGG